CCUCGAAUAAUGAAUUCACAUUUUUCUUCGUCCCCGCUGCAAUAAAUCUAUAUGAAGGCUCUGCACUAUAUAUACACCAUCCACGGGCCCGUUCGAGAUUUCGAUCAAUUUUCUCAGCGUGGUUUCGAGCUUUCUGAGGUUCUUCCGCACAUUUCACCAACUCUCUCUCGCUCUCUCUCGAUUGCUCCGUUCAUUGCCUUAAAUUUCUUUUCCAACAAGGAUAAAAAGCCGUAGUUUCUGACGAAGAAGACAAGGUCGAAGAGGAGGACGAGAGGGAGCCCGUUGACGUGGAUGCAGUCCGCGAGGUCGAUGACGAUGAAGUAGACGGUACUCACUUUCGGGUGAUGGAUCCAUACGUUAAUCCCUUAGUGUCUCACUUAAAGUCGAUGCUAAGUUAUCGCAAGUUCAGGAGGGCACAAAAGCGGAAGUUGAUGAACUCCUCAGGAUGAUCGAGUAAUCUGAGUAUACUAUGAGAAUAGUUUAUUGCUUUUGCAUCUUUCAUGAGCAUCCGGGCACAUUCAUCCCGACUUAUAUAAGGAGUACAAACUACAAACCCGCACCAUGAUUAUGUUGGCCUAUAUCCAAAGGGAUUGAAGUUCUGGAAAAGGAUGUUUGAGGACAUUGUUGGGCUUGUGACAUACUUUCAGAGACAUAUUGAUGAUCCUCAAUCGGCACACUCUCUCAGGUCAGUCGCUUCCAGGGUGCCGAUGCGAAGUCCUUCAACUGGGGGCAGUUCGGGGCAUCAAUGGGUAGUGGCUGGGGUGGUCCAACGAAGGAGAUAAUUGGAGAGGUCAGUCUUAUGACAGGGAUCGCGCUUCUACUCCUGGUUCAAGAACAGGACAAAAUGAUCACAGAAAUGGCAGUUGCCGAGAUGGACAUCCCAAUGGGUUGCCUAGGCCAUAUGGUGGGCAUGGUCGAGGCUCAUUUAACAGUAGCAGAGGAAAUAAUUCCAGAAAUGAGAGACAGAAUUCCGGUUAUGAUGCUGCUAAAUGGGAUUCAGCUUGCAAGGAUGAGGAAGAUGGUUGGGCAGGUGCUAAAAUUCAAAAGUCACCUGGCAGGGGGCUUUCCCAGGUGGAUGGGGGCACCGGGGGAAGCGACAGAGGUGGUAGUAGUUGGGGUGGUGAUGGAGCUAGUGGUGGUGGCGGAGGAAAUUGGAGUGGUGCCAGUGCAAAUGAUGCUACUCCUGAUGACUGGAGUUUGGGUUGGGGAACGACUCCUAAGAGAAGUUCUUCAGAGUCCCAAACCGGGAAUGGAUGGUCUGGAAGAAGUCGUGGUGGUUGGUGAACCGUGAAGCCCCAUAAACUCUAGUACAUCUUCCUUUUCAGGUCUCCCAUUUCCAUCCAACUAGUAUCCCAUGUUUUCAAAUGGCAACCAUAGCGGCCGUUAAAGUCGGACCCAUUUGU